UGCGCUUCCCAGACAGAUCUGCUAGAGCCAGACAUGGCUGACGGAGAUCGUUCCGCGAGAUACGGGUAAUUUUGUAUAUUUUUAACGCUUGGCAGGUUUUAGGGACAAAAAUGCAGCUUGUGGAUAUGAAGGCGACGGCGAUCUUCGGCAUAAUUUACAGGUUAAAACGUUCAGGAUGGCAGAGGCUUUGAUGCUCGCAGCACCAUCACUGUGAAGUUAUACUACAAACUCGUUCAGAGAAGUCAGCACAUACAAAAACAUCAUCCAAAAGCUGUCAAAAUGUCCAAGAGCAAGAGCUUGGAGUCAGUUAAGGUCGUGGUGCGUUGUCGCCCCAUGAAUGAGAAGGAGCGAGUUGCUAACUUCGAGAGGGUCGUCUCUGUAGAUGUGAAGUUGGGCCAGGUGUACGUACGCAACCCCCGAGGUGCAUCCUCCCAUACACACCCCAAAGUGUUCACGUUUGAUUCCGUCUAUGACUGGAACUCAAAGCAGAUGGAGCUCUAUGAUGAAACAUUCCGCCCAUUGGUGGAUUCUGUACUGUUUGGCUUCAAUGGAACCAUCUUUGCAUAUGGCCAGACAGGCACUGGAAAGACUUACACGAUGGAAGGGGUCCGAAAUGACCCUGAGAGGAGGGGCGUCAUCCCAAACUCUUUUGAGCACAUUUUUACGCACAUUUCCCGCUCGCAGAACCAACAGUACUUGGUCAGGGCUUCUUACUUGGAGAUCUAUCAAGAGGAGAUCAGGGACCUUUUAUCGAAGGACCAGUCACGCCGUCUGGAACUCAAAGAGAGACCUGAUACGGGCGUCUACGUUAAAGACCUCUCUUCAUUUGUGACUAAAAGUGUUCGUGAAAUUGAGCAUGUUAUGAAUGUUGGCAAUCAGAACCGAUCUGUGGGUGCCACCAAUAUGAAUGAGCACAGCUCUCGCUCUCAUGCAAUCUUUGUUAUCACGAUUGAGUGCAGCGAGCUUGGCCCUGAUGGGGAGAACCACAUCCGGGUUGGGAAGCUAAACCUUGUUGACCUGGCAGGAAGCGAAAGGCAGACCAAGACUGGUGCACAGGGUGAGCGCUUGAAAGAGGCCACCAAAAUCAACCUUUCCUUGUCUGCUUUGGGAAAUGUAAUCUCAGCACUGGUGGAUGGGAGAAGCACCCAUAUCCCAUACCGUGACUCCAAACUUACCAGACUUCUGCAGGAUUCAUUGGGCGGGAAUGCCCGAACGGUCAUGGUAGCCAAUAUUGGACCAGCUUCCUACAACUUAGAAGAGACUCUUACCACUCUACGCUACGCCAACCGUGCCAAAAACAUUAAGAACAAGCCUCGCGUCAACGAAGACCCCAAGGACGCACUGCUUCGGGAGUUUCAGGAGGAGAUCGCCCGGUUGAAAGAGCAACUGGAAAAAAGAUCUGGCAAGAAGAGGAGAAAAAGGAGGAGGAGGAGAGUUGGGGAAGGAGGAGAGGAAAUAGAGGAUGAGGAAGAUGAUGAAGAGGAUGAGGAUGAAGAAGAAGGAAUAGAUGGAGAUAAGGGCAUUGCGGAUUAUUGGCGGGAGCAACAAGAGAAGCUGGAGAAGGAGAGGAGGGCCAUCAUGGAGGACCACAGCCUGGUGGCAGUGGAAAAACAGCGGCUGCUAAAAGAGAAGGAGAAGAAGAUGGAUGAUCUCCACAAAGAGAAGGAGGCAUCAGAGAUGCUGGCAGCCAAAGUUAAGGCCAUGGAAAGCAAGCUGCUGGUUGGAGGAAAGAACAUUGUCGACCAUACCAAUGAGCAGCAGAAGAUUCUGGAGCUGAAGAGGCAGGAGAUAGCCGAACAGAAAAGGCGGGAAAGGGAGAUGCAGCAGGAGAUGGAGUGUCGUGAUGAGGAGACACUUGAGUUGAAAGAGACCUACAGCUCACUACAGCAGGAAGUGGACAUCAAGACCAAAAAACUAAAAAAGCUCUUUUCCAAGCUGCAGUCUGUGAAGGCAGAGAUUCAGGAUGCCCAGGAUGAACAUGUUAAAUACAGACAGGAGCUGGAGCAGACGCAAAACGAGCUGACCAGAGAACUCAAACUAAAACAUGCGAUCAUAGAGAACUUUAUUCCACUGGAGGAGAAGAACAAGAUUGUGAUGAGGGCCACUUUUGAUGAGGAGGAUGACCUCUGGAAGAUAACGCCCAUCACCCGUAUUCAAAAUGAUCAGCAGAUGAUGAAAAGGCCAGUUUCUGCAGUGGGGUACAGACGGCCUCUGAGUCAGCACGCCCGCGUGGCCAUGUUGAUGCGGCCUGAUGUCAGAUACAAGGCUGAGAAUAUCUUGCUAUUAGAAUUGGACCUGCCCACACGGUACACAAAAGACUACGAGGAGCCAGUGAUAGCGCCUAAAGUGGCUGCCGCUCUGGAGGACGCUCUGAGGGAGGAAGACGAGAUCCAGGUGGAUGCCUCUGGCUUCCAUGCCAGCCUGGGUUCAAGUCCAGGUGUGGGCUUUAGUGCCUCAGCUACUGGGUUUUCCAAGAAACCAAAGUCAGGCCGCCCAAAAACAGGCAAGAAGGUGAGCACCCCAACCUCAGCUCAUAGCCCCCUGUCCGGCUCAGGGUCCCCUCUGUACCCUCAGUCCCGUGGCCUCGUGCCCAAGUGACACCGCCCCCCUCUGUGAAACCCUUCACCCCCCCAUAUGGACUGACUGAAACUGGUAUCAGUGAUGCUUGGCUCAUGAACUGCAAGACAUGGUACUGUUGCUGGUCUUCAAAUCACUCAGUGUCAAGGAAGAUGGUUCUAGCUCCUCCUGGUCCAUUAUUUAAAAACUCACUGUUAGGUCCAAAGUUAAAGCUUGAAACGUGAUGCUUCUUGUAUUUUAGUAGGACAACGCAAAAUGGCAAAUGGUGAAUAGAGAUUUCCAUAGCUUUUUAACUACCUUGUUUUUGGAUGUCAUUUGCCAUACCAUUUAUAGCACAAAAAAAUGUUACAUUUAGCAAGCUUUAAUGUCUUAAAUUUACACGUUAAGUCAUAAUGUACAAUAAUGGAAAUGAAAUGUCAUGGGUAACGCUUGCACUUGAGAAAACAUGUUAUGCAUUUAGUGUGUAUGCAAGUGUGGUUUAGGUCAUUAAGAAGGCUGAGAAAACAGAUGGUCUUAAUAUUAUGUCCAUAUGUGUUAGAUAUGUCUCUCUGUGGGAAUGUUUUAGUGUGGGUGUCUGUGGAUGUUAGUUUGAUCGGUGUACACUUUCCAGUUUUAGGAAUAACAAAUUUCACCAUAUUUACCAGUAGAAAGAGAUGAGAUUUAUGCUGCUUUCGUCCACAGAUGCACUGUAAUGUUAUCAAACACAAGAGUAAGCACAUUAUGUCACUGGCCCUAUCCCAAAACAACUUCAAAGCCUUUUUGACAGGAGCAGGGCUGUGGGAAGGGCCCAGAAAAUGGCUCGUGACCAGGCUACUGUGUAAGUAUUUACUGUAUCCGGUACAUCUUUUGUUUUUUUGUUUGUUUUUUCAAGUUGGAAGUUUGGAAGUGGGGGAUUUAUCAUCACACACAAGAAUAUCAGGGUUCCAAGGUGCCUUAGAUUCUCAUCAAGUACAGAAGUAAGGAGUUCUCCUACUGGCCUGAGAGUCCCUUGACCUGAUCACUGGAUAUUAAAACCUGUAAUCCAAAUCAAAACCCCACAUUUGUGCGAUUUGCAGCCUUUAAAACGUUUUGAAUUAAACUAUAAGUACAGAGUCUGUUGUAUUUGGCAGGCUUAGGUAGGUGGUUGUUUGGAUGUCACACUUGCAAGGUUUUGUAAAUGAAAAUACGCUUUUUGAGUCUUGAAAAGUAAUACAUGAAUUUAAAGUUUGUAUUUUAAACUCAAACCUUGGCUACCCCUCUUUUACCAUACCAUUAAAGGUAACACCAUUUCCGGCUGAUACUGUAGGGUUCUAUAACCCCUUGUGACAAAGCAUACCAUUUAUGUAUAUUAAGAUGUUAGUACAUAAUUCUGCAUUAUCAUUGCAGUUGUAUUAAAAAGUAAUAAAUGCAGUCUUAGGGUUACAUUUAAAAGGCUAACUUAUUACCAUUCCAGUCAAUUUUAUAUUCAAGCAAUUGUAGAUACUUUUUUUUUUUUUUUUUGUCUUAUUUGCUUUGCUUAGAUUUGUAUGGUUUAUUUUUAAAAUCUUUGUUAUUUAAAGUUCUGUACAAAUGUUUAUUUUUGCAUAUGAGAUUUAAAUAUCGUUUUCACGCUUCACUCCAGUCUUGAUGCUGAUAGUCCUGUAAUCUCUGUCCAUAAAGUUGUCUCUUUAAGUUGUAAACAUUUGUAUAAUUGAAAUGUGUUUUUGAACAUGAAUGUUUUUUAUUUAAAUAUACACACUUAAAAUUCAUACCUGACCCCUCUAGGCUGUCCUGUUAUCGCAUAAAUCUUUUGUUGCCGUUACAUUGUUAAAUAUUGUUUGGCAUGACUUAUAGGCUUAAAAAUGAAAUUGUCAUCAGUCCAAUGCUCCAGUACUGUCACAUCUUCCAUGUGGUCAUAUCCAUUGAUGCAUGUGUUUAGUUCUUACAAGCAACCACAAUGAGAAAUUAUUUUAAAUGUUCAUUCACUGAUAUUUUUUUAUCAAAACAUAUGUCUUUGAAUUAAAAUAUUUUACUUUUUAGUUUAUAAUGCAGAAGUCCUCAAUGUCUUUAACCAUCUUUUUUAUUAAAGGAUGAUUAUCUGUU